AUUGAAUCCCUGCGCUUGGCAUGCAGAUCGAGCAGUACGCCUUUGAAGCGUCUAAGCUGCCGCAAAUCACAGAAGAAGAAGAAAGAAGAAGAAGAAGAAGACGACUUGCAGAUCAAUGGAACUGAGAAUCAACUGAUUUCUCUCCAUUUUAUUGCUCUGAAUGUUUCUUUAAUUUUGACAUGGAGGAAGUGGAGACAGCAGAGGAGCUGUUAGCUAAACAGCAUCGCAAUGAAAAGAAAGACUUGCAAGCAAAAAUACAAAGUAUGAAAAAUGCUGUUCCCAAAAAUGACAAGAAGAGGAGGAAACAGCUGACUGAAGACAUCCCAAACUAGAGUUAGAACUCACUCAAAAACAUCGAAAAUGAGCUCGAACAACUUCAGAACUCUUCCUUGGUGCAGGAGGUUUCAAAUGCAGUGGAUUUCCUGAGUUUGGGAAAUAGUGAUGGGAAAAAUAACGAUUUAAGCAAGCAAACUCGGACAUCUAAAGCCCAGAAGAGACGGGACAAAAAGGCUGCUUUUGAGAAGGCGCUGGAGAGCCAGAUUGCUGAGGUGGAAGUGGAGAAUCUCACUGGCUCCCGUCAUCAGGAGGGUCUGAAGCUGAGACAGAAGCUGAUGGAGAGGCACCUGCAGAUCAGAGAGAUCUCCUCUGAUGGUCACUGCAUGUACCGCGCCGUGGAGGAUCAGCUGACGGAGCGAGGCGCCACUCUCAGCCUUAAAGAGCUUCGGGCUCAAACAGCUCAGUACAUGAGGAGCCAUGCAGAUGACUUCCUUCCGUUCCUCACUGACCCCAAUUCAGGAGACAUGUACACUGCUGAUGAGUUUGAGAAGUACUGCAAUGAUGUUGCAGACACAGCUGCUUGGGGCGGACAGUUAGAGUUAAAAGCCCUUUCACAGGUCCUACAGCUACCGAUAGAAGUCAUUCAGGCAGAAUCGCCCUCUAUUAUUAUUGGUGAAGAAUAUGUCAAGCCACCAAUCACACUCGUUUAUAUGCGGCAUGCGUGUGGACUUGGUGAGCACUACAACUCUGUGGAGCCUCUGAAAGACUUGGCAAAUGAGGAAGAGGGCUGAGCCAAUCACUGACACAUUCAUAUAUGCAUCUGUGCAUAAUUAGCCUGUAGAAGUGGACCUUCUGGAAUUUGAUUCUGUUUUGCUAGGAUCAGUGGAUUCGGUCAGGAUGCUCACAGAGGAUGAUGAAAUAACACAUGCUGGUGACUUCAAUUGCAGUGGACAAGCUUAAUGUAAUAGUCCAUGCUUUGCCAGUGUUAUUCAUGAAUAAACUGUUAUGUGCUUUGUGUUAUUCUUGAAAACUGCAUAUCUGCAAGCAAUUUACUUGGAAGGUAAUGAUACACGGGGCAACUUUUUGAGCAAUGUUGCUGGCCAAUCUUGCCAUCAACGGGCAACC